AUGUGGGCCUUACAACGGACCCUUAUUGAUGUUGAAAAAGGGGAAGUAACCCUGAGAGUCAGUGAGGAAAAGUUCGUACUGAAUGCUGUCAAGGCUAUGCAGCAUCCAUACACCCCAGAGGAAUGCAUGAGCAUUGACCUCAUUGAUUCCUUAGUGGAAGAAGUAAACAUGGCUGCUGGACUCGAGGAAAGGCUGAAUGACAUCCUUACAGAUGCCCAGCCUGAUUUAAAGGAACCUCUAGAAACUCCUAAGGAAAAGGAGAAGCCUCCAAAGCUUGAGCUCAACAGUAGCAAGUGUGUUUUUGUGACGGCUGAUGAUAUUAUAAACAAGACAUUUGAAACGUCGGAUGCAGGUUAUAACUUGUAUGUAUGCAAGGUUGUCAGGUUUGGAGUUCGCAAGGGUGAUACAACGUGUGGAGAAUAUAGAACACAGUGCAGAAGGCGAUUUUUUUGCAAUAAGGAAGGAAAGAGAGCCGAGAAAUACAUCUCUAAUUCGAAUAAGAAGAGGGAGCAUAAAGCGCUGACUCAUACUGGUUGUGAAGCCAUGCUUGCAGUGUACUUUGACACCAAAACUUCAACUUGGAGGGUUAACAAAUUAAUUGAGAAGCACAACCAUGAUCUUGUCCCCCAAUGCUUGGACCUGGAUAACCACAUUGAAAGAACUCGUCGUGCAAAGCUCAUUGGUGGGGAUUCCAAUGCGAUAAUUAGCUAUCUACUUGGGAAAGCCGAUAUUGACCCCAUGGCCAUGGCAAGGUACAGUGCUACUGAUGAAGGUCGGCUGACAAAUUUAUUUGGGCAGAGGGCAUUUCCAUCACCACCAAAUAUGUAUAUUUGGCUUGCCUUGAUAGAGGAGAAACAAACGGCAACAUAUACAUGGUUGUUGCAAAACUUUCUAGAAGUCAUGCUGAACAAGUGUCCCAGUAUUGUGGUCACAAACGGUGAUGAGGCAAUAAAGGCAGCAAUUCAAGAAAUCUUCCUAAAUGUAACUCACCGAUUAUGUGGUUGGCACAUUCGGAAGAAUGUAAUGGCAAACAUAAAAAACAAAGAUUUUUUCAAAGACUUCAGAAGAUGUUUGUAUGCUCUAUGGCAUCCAAAUGAAUUUAAAGAAUAUUGGGAGAAUAUGAUAAAAAAAUAUGGGUUGGAGGAAAAUGAUUGGGUUCUAAAUGAAUAUGAAAAGAGGAAAAGUUGGGCAAGCGCUUACUUGAGGGAUAAAUUUUGUACUAGAUUUAGAACAACAUCAAGGUGUGAGGUAAUAAACAACGUCAUCAAGAGGUUUAUUUGCAUUCGCCAAAGUAUUCUAGAGUUGGUCCAAAAUCUUGAACAUGCUCUUAGGGAAUAUAGACACAAUGAAUUAGUUUCUGAAUUUAAGACGGUGUAUGGGGAGCCCAUUCUAACUACUGGGUUAGAAGUAUUGGAGUUUUAUGCUGCAAAUUUUACACAAGGGAGAUUUUUGAAAAAGUAA